AUGAAUUUUGAGAUUGAAUAUCCUUUUUCAUUUCAAUCUUCUUCCACCAUUUUCCAAUCAUCAUCACUCACACCACCUAAUAAUAAUAAUACUAACCCGAACCUACUUUCACAUCCUUUAGUUCAUGCACAAUUUGUAGUUUCCCCCAAAAGGAAAGGUGGGAGAAAGAAGUUCAAGGAAACGCGCCACCCUAUUUAUAGGGGUGUCCGACAAAGGAAGGGAAAGUGGGUUUGUGAGCUCAGGGAACCCAAGAAGACCACAAGGAUUUGGUUAGGGACAUACCCUACACCUGAAAUGGCAGCUAGGGCACAUGAUGUGGGUGCCCUAGCAAUUAGGGGCACCUCAGCGAUUCUAAACUUUCCAAACUCAGCUUCUUUUCUUCCAAUCCUUAACUCCUCUUCACCUAAAGAUAUUCGAGCAGCCGCAGCAGAAGCUGCUGAGAGUUUCAGACCGAUCUCGCUUUCUUCCUUGUCCAAUUCUCGUAACGAGAAAACCGGUCGCAAAACUAAGUGCAGGAGGGUUUGUAAAAAGGUUUCAUCAAUGGAGGAAAAGACACAGACAACAGUGUUGGAGUCGUCCUUGAAUAACAUGCAGAAUUUGGAUCGUGAAAAAUGUGAUGUUAUCACCAGUGGCAUGGAGAAAAACAACUGUGAUUUGUCUUCGACUGUGUUCUUCGAUGAGGAGGCAUUGUUUAACAUGCCUGGUCUCUUGGAUAGAAUGGCAGAGAGUUUAUGUCUUUUUCCACUACCUUCCGUAGAUUAUUGGGAUGAUCAUGCUUAUUUCACAGACUUCAAUUUGUGGACUGAUUGA